AUGGCCAUACACAUUAUUAUAUACACUAUUCCUCCCAAUCCUUCCCCCAUACACAUACAGAAUGCUCGUAUGCUCACUAUUCCUCCCAAUCCUUCCCCCAUACACAUACAGAAUGCUCGUAUGCUCACUAUUCCACCCAAUCCUUCCCCCAUACACAUACAGAAUGCUCGUAUGCUCACUAUUCCACCCAAUCCUUCCCCCAUACACAUACAGAAUGCUCGUAUGCUCACUAUUCCACCCAAUCCUUCCCCCAUACACAUACAGAAUGCUCGUAUGCUCACUAUUCCACCCAAUCCUUCCCCCAUACACAUACAGAAUGCUCGUAUGCUCACUAUUCCACCCAAUCCUUCCCCCAUACACAUACAGAAUGCUCGUAUGCUCACUAUUCCUCCCAAUCCUUCCCCCAUACACAUACAGAAUGCUCGUAUGCUCACUAUUCCACCCAAUCCUUCCCCCAUACACAUACAGAAUGCUCGUAUGCUCACUAUUCCACCCAAUCCUUCCCCCAUACACAUACAGAAUGCUCGUAUUCUCACUAUUCCUCCCAAUCCUUCCCCCAUACACAUACAGAAUGCUUGUAUGCUCACUAUUCCUCCCAAUCCUUCCCCCAUACACAUACAGAAUGCUCGUAUGCUCACUAUUCCUCCCAAUCCUCACCCCAUACAUAUACAGAAUGCUCGUAUGCUCACUAUUCCUCCUAAUCCUUCCCCCAUACACAUACAGAAUGCUCGUAUGCUCACUAUUCCUCCUAAUCCUUCCCCCAUACACAUACAGAAUGCUCAUAUGCUCACUAUUCCUCCCAAUCCUCCCCCCAUACACAUACAGAAUGCUCGUAUGCUCACUAUUCCUCCCAAUUCUACCCCAUACACAUACAGAAUGCUCAAUGCUCGUAUGCUCACUAUUCCUCCCAAUUCUCCUUCCAUGCACAUACAGAAUGCUCGUAUGCUCACUAUUCCUCCCAAUCCUUCCCCCAUACACAUACAGAAUGCUCGUAUGCUCACUAUUCCUCCCAAUCCUCACCCCAUACAUAUACAGAAUGCUCGUAUGCUCACUAUUCCUCCCAAUCCUUCCCCCAUACACAUACAGAAUGCACGUAUGCUCACUAUUCCUCCCAAUCCUUCCCCCAUACAUAUACAGAAUGCUUGUAUGCUCACUAUUCCUCCCAAUCCUUCCCCCAUACACAUACAAAAUGCUCGUAUGCUCACUAUUCCUCCCAAUCCUUCCCCCAUACACAUACAGAAUGCUCAUAUGCUCACUAUUCCUCCCAAUCAUUGCCCCAUACACAUACAGAAUGCACGUAUGCUCACUAUUCCUCCCAAUCCUCCCCCCAUACACAUACAGAAUGCUCGUAUGCUCACUAUUCCUGCCAAUCCUUCCCCCAUACACAUACAGAAUGCUCGUAUGCUCACUAGUCCUCCCAAUCCUUCCCCCAUACACAUGCAGAAUGCACGUAUGCUCACUAUUCCUCCCAAUCCUUCCCCCAUACACAUACAGAAUGCUUGUAUGCUCACUAUUCCUCCCAAUCCUUCCCCCAUACACAUACAGAAUGCUUGUAUGCUCACUAUUCCUCCCAAUCCUCCCCCCAUACACAUACAGAAUGCUCGUAUGCUCACUAUUCCUCCCAAUCCUUCCCCCAUACACAUACAGAAUGCUCGUAUGCUCACUAUUCCUCCCAAUCCUUCCCCCAUGCACAUACAGAAUGCUCGUAUGCUCACUAUUCCUCCCAAUCCUUCCACAAUGCACAUACAGAAUGCUCGUAUGCUCACUAUUCCUCCCAAUCCUUCCCCCAUACACAUUCAGAAUGCUCGUAUGCUCACUUUUCCUCCUAAUCCUUCCCCCAUACACAUACAGAAUGCUCAUAUGCUCACUAUUCCUCCAAAUCCCUCCCCCAUACACAUACAGAAUGCUCGUAUGCUCACUAUUCCUCCCAAUCCUUCCCUCAUACACAUACAGAAUGCUCGUAUGCUCACUAUUCCUCCCAAUCCUUCUCCCAUGCACAUACAGAAUGCUCGUAUGCUCACUAUUCCUCCCAAUCCUUCCACCAUGCACAUACAGAAUGCUCGUAUGCUCACUAUUCCUCCCAAUCCUUCCCCCAUACACAUUCAGAAUGCUCGAACUUCCUGUUAG